GGAGCUCUCACAAAGUAACGAUCAGUCUGAGAACAGGAUGAAAAAUGCGCUUCAAGAAGGUUGAUCCCCUCUUUUUAUAGCAUGCGGUCUGCGCAGCACUCAUCCGAUUGGCUAGCGGCGUGGCAGUGGGGGAAGUGCAGCGGGCAUGGUAUAUAAGAGGCCCGCUGACCUGCUUGCAUCACAAUUUCAAACGUCUGUUCGUUGUGUUCUGAUCGUUUGUGAGAAAAAUACAAUAUGACUGGUCGCGGUAAGGGAGGAAAAGGAUUGGGAAAGGGAGGAGCUAAGCGUCACAGGAAGGUACUUCGUGAUAACAUCCAAGGUAUCACGAAACCCGCCAUCCGUCGUCUGGCUCGUCGUGGUGGAGUCAAGCGAAUUUCUGGCUUGAUCUACGAAGAAACGCGAGGUGUCUUGAAAGUAUUCUUGGAAAACGUUAUCCGAGAUGCUGUGACUUACACCGAGCACGCUAAAAGGAAGACGGUUACGGCCAUGGAUGUCGUCUACGCUCUGAAACGCCAAGGCAGAACUCUCUACGGUUUCGGCGGUUAAGAAGCCCAUCACUACGCAAUUCAACAAAAACGGCCCUUUUCAGGGCCACCAA